CUCAAUUGCGACAUCAGGCCGCAAUAUUUGCCUUGUUGUCAUCACUCGCUCUUUUUUCUCUCUCUCUCUCUCUGUGUGUGUCUGUGUAUAUUCUAUUAUAUAUCUAGUCCGUGCGUCCUACCAUUUGCUGGAGAUUGUGCUACCGUAUAUGUCUAUCUUCCACUUGUCCAAAAGGCACAAAAGCUCACAAACAUCGAGACGGAUGGCGUCAUUGACAGUUAUCUUUUGUGAAAGUCAAAAAGUUUGAUACAUAAAAAAGCAACAUGCAGUAGCAGUCAGGAAACGUUUUAUAUUUAUUGGUUUCUCUCGCGUCUUCUUCCUUUUUUUCUCGCAUCCCCUUUUUUAUACUUGAUCCUUUUCCCGGGUUUAGUUUACGCUUUCACAUCAAAAGAAAGAAUGUCACUAGAAACGCAACCGUUGCUUCUGAAGCCGGAUGAGGUGUAUCGCGAUCGGUUAAAGGAAGGUGGAAUUAGCCUUGGACUGCUGACGUUUUGUCUUUGUACGGGGUCGAUUCUAGCGGCAGCUGAUAACUCGAUUGUCUAUACCAUUUUCACCGAGAUUGGCACCGAAUUUAAAAGCUCUAAUCUGACUGCGUGGAUAUUGACUUCAUAUUUACUCAGCUCAUCCGCCUUGCAGCCUUUAUAUGCCAAAUUAUCGGAUGUGUUUGGUCGUAAAACAAUUCUUCUGGUCGUGAAUAUGUUUUUCUUUAUCGGGUCAGCAGCUUGCGGCGCGUCCCAAAACAUUCUGCAGCUGUCGAUAGCCCGCGCCAUUGCUGGUUUAGGGGGCGGGGGACUCAUGUGCAUGGCUUCAGUUGUCAUUCACGACCUUGUCCCCAUGCGUCAACGAGGAAAAUACCAAUCCUAUGUCAACAUGACUCAAACAAUUGGAGGGGCAGUGGGUGCACCUUUGGGUGGAUGGAUCAACGAUACAGUAGGCUGGCGUACCUGCUUCUAUCUCAACUUACCCCCUUGCUUGUUUGCCCUGUACAUCUACUCCCGGCGUUUGCCUAAUUACAACAACUUGACCAAAGGACGUUUGGUGGACCAAAUCGAUGCUAUGGGCGCUGCUAUUUUGCUUGUUGCCAACUCGUGCUUUGUCCUCGGUACAUCUUCAGGUGGCAAUACACGUAAAUGGAGCGAUCCAUGGGUCGUGACGGUAUUGGGAAUCUCGGUCACUGCGUAUCUCGUGUUUUUCAUCAACGAGUUUACGUGGGCCAGGAACCCUUUGAUGUCUUGCAAAAUGGCCAAGAACCGCAAUGUCUUGGGCUCAUGUGCAAGCAAUUUCUUCUUGUGGGGGACAGUGACGGCGAUCAAUUAUGUACUCCCACAAUUUUUGAUGGGAAUUCUGGGAUAUAGCACAUCCUCUACUGGCUUUUGGGUUAUGCCUCGUACUAUUGCUAUCGCUACUGGAUGCUGGUGUGUUGGUAAAUACAUUGGUACUACUGGUCGCUACAAGAAUUACUUGGUCAUCACAAUGAUGCUCGAUAUACUCGCUGUCUUUGGCAUGAUCUUAUGGAAACCAACCACAGAUGACUUGCUAUUUAAGCUCAUGUGUAUGCUUAUGGAAGGAUUCGCUAUGGGUUCAGUGGCUGUUGGCACUAUGGUAUCGCUCGUAGCAGAUAUUGACCAUGAAGAUACGGCAUCGGCCACCUCCAUGAUUUUCCUGUUCCGUUCUACUGGUCUCGUCACUGGUGGUUCUAUCGCUGCUGCGAUUGUCCAGGGUAGCUUCAAAUCCCUUCUGGAGCAGACUAUCCACGGUCCUGACGCCAAGCAAAUUAUCGACUUUGUCCGAGGGUCCAUUGCUGACAUUGGAAAACUAAAUCCGGAGAUUCAGCGUAUAGUAAUAGAUGCUCUAUAUCGCUCUUUGAGAAGAUGUUUAGUGUACGGAUUUAUCAUGACAGUGCUAUCGUUCGUCGCAGUGGUAGCAAUGAAGAACUGUUACUUGCAAAAAAAGUAAAAGAGCAUGUAUUAAAAUAUCAAAGUUUAU